CUUUGAUAUGUUGCGGGCAAAGCGGACAGAACCGGAAAGCCCAGUGGACGAGCCGUUUGACAUCGCUAAUCCUAGAACCCAAUCGGCAGCAAUCCACCCCGCGGCGGCGCCGACGAGCGUCCGCACGAGCCAAUCGCGCUCGAAUCCCCCAUCCCCAAAAGCGGCAGCGAGCUCGCUCACGAGCCCGUCGCGGCCGUGCCCCAAGCCGCGGGGGCUGGAAGUGGACACCCGCGUGGCGUCGCCCAACAGCAAGGCGGGGGGACCGACGCGCCUCGGCCGCCGCCGCUGCGCUCAUCCGUGACGCCGACGUCGGGAUGGAGGCCCGCGUCUGUGCUCGCAUCCUUCCUGCUCUUCCGCCUCCCCUCUGUGUCCCAUCGUGGUUGCUCCGUCCUCCGCGACCAAUCCUUCAUCGCGGCCUGGCCGCCGCGCCCUCCUCCCACCGGCCCUGCCUCCUCAACUUCUGGACGGGCGCCCCGACGCAGUGCGGCAUGCCUCUUCGUGCCCGCUACAAGCUUCCCACGGGGUUCCUCCCCGCCUGGGAUCUCUCGCUCGAGGGCUCCUUGCACGGUCUCUCCUCUGCUUCGAGGGCUCCGUCUUCCACGCCAUCGCCUGCAACUUGCUCACGCACAUGCCCUUUUGCCAUCGUUGUGAAUCUCCGGGAGGCACUGUGCCGUUACCGUCCCCAACUCGAUCAGGUGAGACAGGGGAGCCACCUGUUGCCACUCACCUUUGGUUCAAAUCGCCAGUUUGCAUCACAACUAAGAAGGCAUCUGGAUUCUCAGGGCAUCAUGCUUCCCAACUUGUUCUCAUGGAUGUACACAUCUAUUAGCCUCUCCAGUGAUACACACCUAAGUACCAUUACUGAUGCAGUGAUGCUGCUUCCACAUAUGUCGUGCAGGCUCCUUGCUCCCUGGUUCCAGAUCCGGGCGACGGUUGCUGCCUGGUUGACGCUGCAGGCGUAUGGAGCUUGCCGGCAAGGGUCUUCGGCUGCAGGUAGAGUGGUAGACUGCAGCUCAGCGGCCAUACCCUUUGCAAUUUGUUCAUACCAGGGCUUCAAUCGGCAUCACAGUUUUCGCAGAUCUCAGGUUUCAAGUCAGGUGGGUGCACAAAGCUGGACAAGUAGUAGAGCUAUGCAGAGUUUUAUAUUUUGUAUGGAUGUAGAAGGCCCAUGGAAUUUAGUUCUGCAUAAUCGCGACUUUGGUCUAUAACAAGUAGUUCAUUACAUGAUCGUUUAGUUCAGCAAUAUGUGCUUUUAUGCUAUGUGUAUAUGUGAAAUAAAAAUCCGGCUGUAGUAACUUUUGGAGGUGUACGUAUCCACCUUUUUGAUUGAAGUAAAUUUUGUUGCUGCUGAGAAA